AUGAGAACAGUGAAAUGCGCACUUCAGAUUCUCUCGAGUGAAGAAAAGGAUCACGGGAAGUAUGAAUGCGUCGCCGAAAAUUCGAUUGGAACGGAUUAUUCGAAACACUCACUGCUUUACGUUAAAGUUCGGCGAGUUCCACCUCAAUUUUCAAUACCUCCCCCAACAAUGAGCGAAGUCAAAUUGGGUGAUGACCUCAAUUUGACUUGUGUGGCUGUAGGUUCCCCGAUGCCAUUUGUAAAAUGGCGCAAAGGGCUAACACAAGAACUUACUCCUGAAGAUAAACUGCCCGUGGGGAAGAAUACUCUUGAACUCACUAAUAUUCAGGAGUCAGCCAACUAUACGUGCAUCGCAGCCAGUGCUUUGGGAGUCAUCGAAGCCUUGGCACAGGUUAAAGUACAAUCUUUACCUGGACCACCAACAAAUGUAAAAGUAUCUGAAAUCACAGCUACGUCUGUAAGACUCACUUGGUCUUAUAAUGGUCCAGAGGACUUGCAAUACUAUGUUAUCCAGUUUAAGCCCAAAUAUGCCAACCAGGCUUACAGUGAAAUCAGUGGUAUUAUCACCAUGUACUAUUCUGUUAGGAACCUGAGCCCCUACACAGAAUAUGAAAUGUUUGUGAUUGCUGUUAACAGCAUAGGUAGGGGACCUACUAGUGCACCUGCUGUUGUUACUACUGGGGAAACUGAAUUUAAAAUUAGAUAUGAAAGAUUAAAGAAAAAAGGUCCUAACACUCCAACUAAAAAUGUUCGGGAAAUGCUCAUUGGGCAGAAGGUUACUCCAGAAGUAAAACGGAAACUUGUAAUUGGAGAAGUGCUUCAGCAGCAGCUAAAGGGAAACUACAAGAGAACAUUUAAGGACAAGCAAAGAUUUGUUCAUUCUAUUUCUGGAGAUAUAGUCAAAAAAUAUAGGUGUGAAAAUUUGGUAAGAUCAGUUAGUUCAAGAAGAAUCGUAAAAAAUAAAAAUUCUGGGCAAGUAUUGAAAAGAAGAAGGUUAAUGUUUUUAAGAUUAAAGGAAGUUAUCUCAAGCUUUUUUGAAAAAGAUGAAGCAAAGCAUCCUGAAGUUAAAGUGAGCUAUUCUAGAGUUUAACCUGGAACCGCCCCUAGAAAUGUACAAGUACGACCUCUGAGUUCAAGUACUAUGGUUAUACAGUGGGAUGAGCCUGAGACGCCUAAUGGGCAAGUUACGGGCUACAAAGUAUAUUACACAACAAAUGCUCAGCAACCCAUGGCUCAGUGGGAGUCCCAAGUAGUGGACAAUAACCAGUUGACUACUAUCAGUGAGUUAACUCCUCAUACUAUCUAUACAAUACGUGUCCAGGCCUAUACCUCGGUUGGUCCCGGACCUUUGAGCGCACCAGUUCACGUCAAGACUCAGCAAGGUUUGUACGAAACAAUAAAUUUAGUUUAUAAGUAA